CAAGGUUACACGAUGUCUCGCCUGUUAUUGUUGGUGGCAUUUUGUUUGUCGUUGGGUAUAAUAACAGCACAAAAUGAUGCAGUGUGUGUCUCUGGUGAACUAGAUCUGGUAUUUAUCAUUGAUGCUUCAAAUAGCAUAGGUUGGGGAAACUUCUUGAGACUUAAGAAUUUUCUGAGAGGAUUUAUCACUCACCUGUCUAUAGAUAAUGGUGCGGUCAAAGUCGGAGCUGUCGUGUAUUCAACGACGGUAGAAAUAGAAUUUCAUCUAGACUCGUACACCACAGCAGCUGACAUUGAUAAACACUUGUCAAAAAUAAAGUACACCGACGGUGUAACCUACACAGCUGGUGCUUUAAACGUAACCAAAAACGUCUUAUUCACUGCGGCUAAAGGGGACAGAGAGGAUAUCCCUAAUUUCGUCAUACUGGUCACAGAUGGAAAUUCAAAUUAUCGAAAAGAUCUCACUAUCCCAUAUGCUGACAAUCUUAAGGAGGUUGCAGUUAUUUACGCUUUAGGUAUUGGUAAAGAACUUGAGGAAUAUCCACAAGAGUUAUUGGAGAUUGUCCGACAACCGGAACUUGGGAAUGCUGAUAUGUAUCAAAUGUUGAAAGAUUACCAAGCCCUCGAAGAAUUAAAAAAUGCUAUCUUCGACAAUAUGUGUCCAAUUAUACAACAGAAUACAGUUAUACAGAAUGGUUCUCCUUGCUACGAAGAAGGAAAAGUGUUUGAAAAAAGAUGCCGUACAUUUAAAUGCAUCAAUUCAAAAUGGAAAAAGAUGGGUUUUACUGGUUGUAUCAAUAAUGGAAAAUGCUUUGAAUGGGGAGAAAAACGAAGUGAUAUAUGCUACCAAUAUAAAUGUUCCAAACCUGCCGGUUGUAAAAAUAAUCUUUGUCCAAGCUACAACUACAGACUCGUCAAUGCAGGAUGUAUUGUGGACGGACAAUGCGUUGAUGAAAACAAAAUUGUCGAGGACACGAAUGUCUGUGCCAACUAUCAAUGUAUUAGACGAACCUUUGAUAACAAUGAAGUUUACAGCGAGUAUUUGAUGGUCGGAAAAGAAUGUGUGCGAUCUGACGGAACAUGUAGUGAGGUUGGUUACACUUACAAAGAACACUGCAUCAGCUAUGAAUGUCAAGCCUCAACUUUCAAUGGAAUCCUAACUGCUGAAUUUAUACCUGUAAACACCGCGUGUAAAUAUGGAAAUAAGUGUGUACAGCUUGGUGAAAGGGUAACAGAAGUGUGUGACGUAUUAGUCUGCAACUAUGACGACAAGGCAAUGGGUUAUGAACUUAUGUUGGAAUCACAAGGCUGUGAACAUAAUGGACAAUGUUUGAUGAAAAAUCAAAAGGUCUUUGAAGAAAGCACAUGCACAAACUUUGUGUGUUCAUACUCUAAGAGACAAAACAGGCUAGUGAUGAAGGAAAGAGUUGCAGGUUGCAAAGGAACAGAUGGAAGUUGCGCUGCCAAAGGAGAUGUCGUUACUCAAAAGGGUUGUAUCAAGUAUCAGUGCGACAACAAAGGAAAUUUAGAACUGAUUGAAGCAGGAUGUGAUGUUGGUGGAGAGUGUAAACCAGUUGGAUCAAAAUGGCGACAACCUGGGGAGUGUGCAGUGUUUAGAUGCGUAUUGGUAGACACAAUGGACGACACUGUAGAAACAGAUAUUGAACAAGAUUUGGGUUUGUAUAUUUUAUAUUUAUAUAAUUUUAAGUAG